AUGCGCAUGCGCUUACAGCAAUCUCGAACACAAGGUCACUGGCACGUGUGCCUACUCUCAUUCACGACUUUUUCGCGUUACAGAAGAACUCUUUCUAGAAACGUGAAGUCUAUCCUGGCAGGAAACAUCUGGAAUUGCUGAAGAAAAGUAUUUUCUUCGUCAAAAAUGGCAAGAGGAAGUCGCAGUCGUUCUUCGGCACCAGCCAGCUCAGCGCCGGCCCAUCACGCCCCGGCCCCAGUCACUCCACCCCCGUCAGCGCUCGCCGCCCCAGCUGCCCCCCAAGGGCCCGGCCUGAUGGCCCAGAUGGCCACCACCGCAGCCGGCGUCGCAGUAGGCUCUGCCGUGGGCCACGUCAUGGGCAGUGCCCUCACUGGCGCCUUCAGUGGGGGCAGCGGCAGCCCGGAGCCAGCAAGACCUGCUGCUGGCACAUAUCAGGAGGCUCCUCGACCUGCCACCUCCCAGUCGGGUCCAUGUCUGUUUGAGGUGCGUCAGUUCCUGGACUGUGCCACCACUCAGGCUGACCUGACCUUGUGCGAGGGCUUCAACGAGGCACUCAAACAGUGCAAGGGCUCACACGGUGUGACCUCACUAGUUUGAGCGAUGAUGUUGGUAGCCGGGACAAGAAACCAUGUUCAGAUUACUGCAUCGUAGAGUAAACCGAUGAGCCUCUCAGUCAUGACAUAAACUCUACUCCACUAACGUUCCACAUUACCAAGAAAGGAAUUAUAUUUGUUCACUGUUGACAUGAUAAUGUAUGUUGUAUGAUUGUUUUGGUGAUGUUGUGAGAUGUGCAAUAAAGAGCUGCUAUUUACUUUCUGCGGA